UAAACACUCCACCCCAUAGAGGAAUCUCUGCUCACUUUCAAUGCCACUUUCUUUCAGUCAGAGAACAAAAAUAAUUCUCUCUCUAUCUCUCUUUCAGACUAAGAAGAGCUAUCUCAACUAAAGCUGAAAGAAUUCAUCGAAAACUAGCACUGGUUGUGUGAGCGAUUUCAAGUCCAAGUAAAAAAGCAACUUCACAGCAGUACAUACACACGCUUCUGAGGGAUGGGUAUGAGCUCAAUCUCUUAGUGUUUCCAGAUUACAGUGAUUAACACCACCAGCUUCUUUCGUCACAAGCCUUUCACGUCCAUUUAAGAGCAAGACCCACCUUGAGAAUUCUUAUACGUACUUGUUAAAACUAAGAACAAAAGAAAAACAUUAAACAAAAGCUAUGGCCAGUGGAAAAGUCUAUGGCGGUUCAAACAUCACCAUUCUACUACCAGACGAAAGGCAUCCCUGUAAUUCUGAUCUUCUCAAGUCUCUUUGGAUUCCCGGCUCUUCCUCAUCUUUUCAAGGUUCAAAAUCAAUGUUUAGUUUUGAAAAUGUAUGCGGAGGAGAUUCCACAGAUGGGUCCUUCUUCCAACCACUUGACAAAGAUGAUGAUAAUGGGGAUGAUGAUUACGAUGGAUGUUUCCAUCAACCCGAAAAGAAAAGGCGGCUCUCAGCUAAUCAAGUUCGGUUUCUCGAGAAAAACUUUGAGUUAGAGAAUAAGCUUGAACCCGAAAGAAAAGUGCAACUUGCUAAAGAACUGGGAUUGCAGCCCCGCCAAGUAGCUAUCUGGUUUCAAAACAGGCGGGCUCGAUACAAAACCAAACAGUUGGAGAAGGAGUACUACUCACUGAAAGCCAGUUACGAUAGACUAAAGUUUGACUACGACGUUCUUCUCAAAGAGAGUGAAACUUUGAAAAAUGAGGUCGAUUCUCUGAAUGAAAAGUUUCUUUGCGAAGAGAAUGGCAACAAGGGUCAUUUGGAAAACCCAACUGUCAAAACAACAGAUUCUGAAACUGUUGCGAAUAUGGCAACGAUGGUGGUAUGCAAACAUGAAAAUGCAAGCUCAGCUAAAAGUGAUGUUUUUGACUCUGAUAGUCCAAAUUAUACACACAAUUAUUGCUCCAUACUGGAGCCAGCAGAUUCUUCUCAUGUGUUUGAACCAACAGACCACUCAGACUUUUCUCAAGACGAAGAUGAUAAUAACAACAAAAGCAAUAAUAAUAAUAAUCUUAUGAGCCAGAGCUUAUUUGCACCAUCAUUUCCAUUGCCAUGUAUCCCCAAGUUUGAAGCUUGCUUUUAUGAUGACCCACCUGCGAAUUCUUGUAACUUUGGAUUUCAAGUUGAAGACCAGUCUCUUAAUUUCUGGUCUUAGUGAAGUGGGCUCACAUUUGGCUUAGAUAACUAUAAUUAUAUGCAAAAUGCUUUAAGUUAUUAGUAGUAGUUGUAAUUAAGGUUAUUAAAAAGAAAUAAAAUCAUUAUUAUGUGAUGGUAAGACUAUUGUGCAUGAUUACUUUGCUCUAGUUUUAGUUCUGUUUCAUCGAUAUAUAUUUUUGUUUUUUUCUUU